CCUGGCGUGGCCGUCCAGAUACAGCUCCAGCAGCAGCAGCAGCAGCAGUCACAGCCGUCGUUGUUGCAGCAGCAUCAGCAGCAUCAGCAGCAUCGCCAGCAGCAGCAGCAGCUACAACAGCAGCAGCAGCAGCAGCAUCAGCAGCAUCAGAACCAGCAGCAGCAGUCACCGUCGCCAUAUGAGACUCAUCCCUCUCCGCCGCUGCUGGGAGGCAACUAUACGCCUACCGAUGCAGACUCGCCACCAAAGAAGAAGCAGAAGCGCAACAAACCUACUCUGUCGUGUCAGGAAUGCGUCGACAGGAAGACGAAAUGUGAUCGGGGGAGGCCCCAUUGUCUCGCGUGCAUCAAGAGGCAGACAGAGUGCAAAUAUGCCCGCGUCGCCAACCUUCUCGAGGAGACCUCUCGCACCGUGACCAACGGCCGCCGCAUGACGAAACCUCCCAAGGCCAAGACCGGAGGUUCCGGAGUCGAGAGCACGCCGGCCCCCAACGUCGCCGACCGGGGUCCAGAGUCGGAGCACCUAUCCCGCGGCGCCGUGGCCCUCUCGACCGGCCUGCUCUCCCACGUACCCUACUGGGUGUCCAAGGCGAGCAACGUCUUCGGCAUCGGGUCGGAGCACCCGUUCGCCAACUACUGGACGUGCGAGGGCGGGCUGCCGGAGGUGGUGUCUGUGCUGCCCGACAAGGCCCAUGCCGACAUGCUCAUCGGCCGGUACUUUGAGUGCGUCGACCCGGUGUACCCCAUGAUACACCGUCAGACCUUCUACGCCGACUACGAGCAGUUUUGGCGGAUGGACAUGCACUGCGCCGGCGGCGGCGACGGCAAGAGGGAUGGCGCGCUGAGCGACGGGAGCGGAGGAGUAGGAGUAGGAGGAGGAGUAGGAGGAGGAGGAGGAGGGGGAGGGGAAAAGAUGGAUGCAUCGUUCGUGGCCCUCAUCUUCGUCAUGCUCGCGCUGGGGACGCAGUUCGUCUCGACGACGGCACCGCGGGAGAGGAAGCAGAGGGCCGAGUUCUACGCCUCGGCGAGCAACCAGUCUCUGCGGGUCUUCUCGUACCUGAGCAACACGUCGCUGCGGUCGAUACAGGCCAUGGUGCUCAUCACCUACUUCCUGAUCAACGACAACCACGCGUCGGACGGCUGGGCGUUCGCCGGGGUGCUCAUCCGGCAGGCCUACGCGAUGGGGCUCCACCGGGACCCCAACAUCGUGACGCCGACCAUGAGCCCGUUCGAGAAGCAGCAGCGGCGCAAGGUGUGGCAGGCCGUGCUGCUCCAGGACACGUUCCUGACGGUGCUCCUCUCGCUGCCGCCGUCGGCCACGCACACGGACGUGUCGGUCGAGGACCUCCUGGACGACGGCUCGUCGAUAGCGAGCAGCGACCCGACCGACACGGCCUACAUCCGGGCCUCGUGGACGCUGGCCAACCUGGUCCAGGAGACCAUCUGCUCCCCGCGGUCGCUGGACCUGCCCAUCUACGCCACGGCGCGGCACAAGUCCAAGCUGGUGGCCGACUUCCGCGCCGUCUACCGCUCCUUCCCCGACGUCUUCCGAUCCUGGGACGCCGAGAGCCUGACGGCCGUGGCCGCCACCAACAAGCGCGUCGUCCGCCAGACGCUGUUCCUCACCAGCAACUACUUCCACAACCUCAUGCUCGUCCACGCCUCCGAGAGCCCGGACGUGCCGGCCAACGCGAGGGCCACGCUCGAGGCCGCCCACGACGCCAUCACCUCCUUCUUCCUGCUCUUCUCGCUGCUCGAGUUCGAGGCCCGCGUCUGGUGGGUCUUCAAGCACCGGGCCUUCCUCGAGGCCCUCUGCAUCGGCAACGUGCUGCGCGAGGAGGCAGCGAGACAUGGGGACGCGGACAAUCUCCUGGCGAGGGAUCCCUUGUUUGUCAGGGCAAGGGCUGAUAUCGCACGCAUGAUGCAGAUUAUGCAGGCCAUCGAUGACGAUUCGGAGGAUGCUCAGACACGGAUCCAAGCCUUGAAUGAGUUUCUCAACUGA